AUGUCUGUGGUUAUCGAUGACGAUGGAUACGCUGUAACGGAUCUGGAUAUACCUGCAAAUUUUAUUGAACAGCCAAUCAAUGUGCAAAGUGACUCCUCGAACAAUGGAUCUAGUUCUUUGGAAUUCAUUAUUCCGCCUAAGCAACAGCAACAACCAGUCAUCGAUGUGUGUACCGAACACAAUAUUAAACCAUCUGAUCAUACAACAGUAGCAGAUUUUCAGGCAACCGCUGCGACUAGGAAAUUAAACUUACCAGAAACUGAAGCACUCUUAAUGGAUUUGAUCUACUGGAAGAAUCCGCACACAUCAGCCCUUGUGUUCGCAUUGAUUUUGACCUUUGAACUGGGUCUCCUCGUUUGCUCUGUAAUCGCUGUCGUAUCCAAUUUCUUUCUUUUCUUACUACUGGCAUCAGCUUUUAUGCGGAUCUAUUACCGUGUCAUCGGCACCCCCGAGGCUAAUCCCUUCAGCUACUUCAGCACUUGCGACUUUCGUCUGAGUCCAGCAACCUCCUCGCACCUGGCACAGAUAAUCACGACUCGGGUGAACAAACUUAUUCAUGCCACCCUGGACCUCUUUCUCCUCCGUCACAUUGGCAACUCUGUUCGAUUUGGCGUACUGCUCUACGGUCUCACCUACAUCGGGGCGCGAUUCAACUUCUUGACGCUGUGCAUAUGGACCACAGUGAUAGCCUUUGGAGCACCAAAAUUGGUCGAUAGAUACAAGGCCGAAAUAAGUUGCUUUACAAAACGCCUUUUUGGAAAUGGCCAGAGGAUGACGCGAGGAGUGUGGAAGUGCAUGGUGGAAUUGUUCGCACCCGAGAAGUCGAAAUGA